UGUGUGUGUGUGUGUGUGGGUGGAUGUGGGUGGAUGAAUAGGAAGAUAUGGGAAGGGGGGCCUUAUACGUCGCUACACCCUCAUAGUCAUAGCUUAUUACAAACACAGUGAAACCCUUCGCUGGACCAGAGGCUCCUAAGUUUGCUUUACAACAUUUACAGGAGAUGCAGUGGUGCAAGUGGGCAGGAAACUGGAAAUCUCGCCUACCAGGACAGUUUACAGGAGCACAGGAAGAGGAUGCCUGCGAUUUCCUCUUUAAAAUUAUCUUCAUUGGAGACAGUGAUGUGGGAAAGACGUGCGUUAUCCACAGCUUCAAAUCUGGAGAGUUCAGAGAUAAACACCAAAACACUAUUGGUGUAGAUUUCACUGUGCAUUCCAUGGACAUAGAUGGAAAGAGAGUGAAGAUGCAGAUAUGGGACACGGCUGGGCAGGAGCGUUUCCGCACCAUCACGCAGAGUUACUACCGCAGUGCUCAUGGGGCCAUGAUUGCUUAUGACCUGACACGUCGCUCCACCUUUGAUUCACUACCUCACUGGAUACAUGCUGUAGAGCAGUAUGGAGCUGCCAAUGUAGUGUUUGUUCUUAUAGGUAAUAAGUGUGACCUGGCUCACCAGCGGCAGGUGCUGUUUGAAGAUGCCUGUACACUGGCAGAGCAGACUGGGUCCCUGGCAGCCCUGGAGACAUCUGCUAAAGAAAAUCACAAUGUACAAGAAGCAUUUGAGCUAAUGGCAAGGGAACUCAUUGUAAGAAGUGGAGGCUUAAUCAAUCCAGAUGACCAGUUUGACUCUCCAAAUAUUCUCUACUCUGACUCUCACUCAAUAGAAGAAGAAGAGCCUUUAAAGAAGCCAUGUGGUUGUUAAAAUAUGUUUCUUUGAGAACAACGACCCUUCCUGGACCUUUUAUCACUUCUGGGAUUGGUAUUCUUCUAGUGUGAGGUUUAACCACAUUAAUACAGAAUGCACUGGGCUAAGAUCAGCACCUAGGACAAGAAACACCUAGGCUAUGUUCAGACUGCCAGCUCAAAUCUGAUUCAGCCUAUCUAGAUUGUAUCCAAAUUCAUAUUUGAUAGACUGUACAGCGAAUCGUUUUCAAACAUUUGAAAUGCAAUUGCAUUCAGAUUCAGAAUUGCAUUCAGAUUCCUCAGUCGGAAUGCUCAAAUCAGAUUUAAUUGUGUCUUUUGCAUCAGUCACAACAAAGAACAACCUCAACAAAUCCAUAGUGACAAAAGUGAGAGGGGGUCUAAGAAAUGAGUCAAAGAUUAGUUACUGAUGCUGACCUUGUAACCACAGCAGCCCAUGCAGAUAUGUUUUUUUAUGUCCAGACAUGCAAAACUGAUCUUUUUGCUUCUAAAUAACAGUGCAGACAGUCAUCUCAACCGUUUUUUAUUUGAGGAAAAAAAAUCCAGUUUGCCUGCAGUCUUAACAUCGCCCUAAAAAUCACUCUACUCACUAACACUAACAUUUAAAGUGUAUAUAGAAAGAAUUCAGUGUUUCAAAUUUCCACACUUUAUUUUACAGCCAAAAUGGAUUCAAUUCAUGUUUCCCCUCAAAAUUCUACAUGAAAAGGUUUUAAUUUAUUAUUAACUUCUUUACAGAAGUUUUACACCUUUGCCAUGAUGCUCAAAAUUGAACACAGGUGCAUCCUGUUUCCACUGAUCAUCCAUCAUUUGUACGUUUCGUUAGAAGGGCAUUUGUCAAAAUGGUGACCAAGAACCCAAGGGCCAUUCUGACAAGAGCUUCAGCAUUGCUCUGUGAAGAGAGGAGAACCUUCCAGGUCUACCAUAUCUGCUGCAUGCCACCAAUUAGGACUGUAUGGUAGAGUGACCAGAUGUAAGCCACUCUUUAGUAAAGACAAAAACAGACACAGGUACCUGAAGGACUAAAGAAAACCAAAUUCUCUGGUUAAAAGCUUUGGCCUAUAUGCCAAGCAUCAUGUCUGAAGAAAACCAGGCACUGUUCAUCUCCUGGCCAAUCCCAUCCCUACAGUAAAGCAUGGUGGUUGCAUGUCCUGCGAAGUAGAAUGGGAGACACUGCCCAAAUAUAGGCGCACCAAGCAUGUAUUACAUACUCAAAAAGACUUGAGGCUGUAAUUUCUGCCAAAGGUGCUUCAACAUUACGCAAAAGAUGUUAAAACUUGUGUACAUAUUUGUGAUUUUUCUGAUGUUGAUUUUUAAUAAAUUAUUAUAGGGUAUUGUGAGUAGAAUUGUGAUGGAAAACAAAUUAAAUCUAUCUUGGAAUUAGGCUGUAACAUAAAAUGUGGAAAAAGUAAAGCGCUGUGAACACUUUCCAGAUGCACUCUAAAAGGAGGCAGGCUAUGACAUGUUACAGUAAGUGUACAGGGAAUCAUGUUUGUGUUUUUAAUGUAUUAACUUAUGAAUUAAAGUAACUACAACUUGUAAA